UUUAUUGGAAGAAGAAAAAGAUAUUGAAGAUCCAAGAGGAGAUUAUGUUGUAAAAUUGCAUGAUGUGAUACGUGACAUGGUUUUAUGGAUAGUUAAUGAUAUUGAGAAGGGAAUUUUGUUGAAGCAAGCACUGGAUUAACAGAAGCACCAGAGAUUGGAAGGGUUGGAGUAGAAAAUAUCAUUAAUGGGCAAUAGAAUUAAGAAUAUGUCACAAACCCCUACAUGCCCUGAUCUCCAAACUUUGUUUCUCGAUCAAAAUGAGUUAUCAAAUGUCUGUGAUGACUUCUUUAACUUCAUGCCUUCUCUCAAAGUUUUGAAUCUGUCACAUAAUAGGCUUUGUAAAUUACCAGUUGGAGUUUCAAAAUUGGUUUCAUUACAAUAUCUUGAUCUAUCAUAUAAUCUUACUAUACAAGAGUUGUCGGUUGAGUUAAAAGCUUUAACAAAUCUUAAAUGUUUGAGCUUGGAGUAUAUGAUCCGACUAAAAACAAUUCCAUGUCAAUUGAUGUCUAAUCUUCAAAGGUUACAUACAUUGAGAAUGUAUGGAUGUGGUACCAGUGUUGAAGAUGGAACAGAGGAUAGUGAUUUAUUUGAUGGUGGUGGUGGUGAAAUAUUGGUGGAGGAAUGUGAUCGCUUGGAAUAUUUAAAUGUGCUGUCCUUGACCUUGGGAAGUUACAUUGCUCUCCAAAGACUUUUGAGCUCCGUUAAGUUACAGAGUUGUACUCAAUCUCUAUUCCUUAAGGGCUUUCAUGAGUCAAUGUCGUUCAAUAUUUCAGCUCUAGCAACUCUCAAGCAUCUUUGUGUACUAGAAAUUCAUGAAUGGACGGGCUCUGAUAUUGUGAAUGUACAAAAAAUACGGGAACCAUCUAGUUUCUACAGUCUUCACGAUAUAAAAAUAUCAAAUUGCAACUCAUUCAGGGAUUUGACAUGGAUUGUUUUUAUUCCAAACCUCAAGUUUCUUUUUAUAGUCCGUUGUGCUGCGAUGGAAGAAAUCAUCAAUGUUGAAGAACUGGGUGAAGUUCCAGAGAUGAUGUCAGAUCUAUUCCCUUUUCAGAAACUCCGAUUUCUUACAUUAUGGAAUCUAUAUAAUUUGAAGAGCAUCUUUGGGAAGGCCUUGCCCUUCCCAAAUCUCAGGGAAAUUAGUGUAUUACUAUGCCCAAAGCUUAAGAAGCUUCCACUGGAUUCAAAUAGUGCAAAGGAACAUAAGAUUGUUAUCGAGGGACAGGAAGAGUGGUGGAAAGAGCUGCAAUGGGAGGAUGAAGCCACUCUGAAUGCUUUUCUUCCUUGUUUUAGAUCUCACAGGUAGAUGAAUGACAUGAGGCACUGCAAAAUGCUGUUGUGAUAGUUAAUUACAAUGUUUCUUGACAUGACCUGAUUUAUUUCACUUGUUUCAUAGUGUAACAACCAGUUUAUCUCUUCAAUUCCGAUUGGUUUGGUUUAUGUAAACUUGAAAUUUCAGCCACCUCUCCAUCACUCAGCAGACAAGAAGACUAUGUAGCAUCAGAGAAUGAGAAUUCCUUAUAAUGAUAAGCCAUGUUUGGGUUGCAGACUUGCAGCAUCUAUAUGUUUUCUGGGGGAUACUUUUCAAUUGUUUAAUUACAUGUUUUGUUAUUGAUUGAUUACUUACAUGUUCUGUUAAUUUCCUUUGUUUAAUAGUACAACAAGAAGUAGCCUUUCUUUCAAUUGACAUUUCACGAGUUUACUAUACUUAAAGAGUUGCAUUAGAGAUCCAUCCCUCAAUUU